GUCAUUUCGACCGAAAGAUCAAUUCGACGUAAUGCGCCUUGUGAGCCUCGUCGCGGCGGCGGUGUCCUCUGUAGUAGACGCGGCCUGCGUAUACUCGUCUCUGCCGGCGACCCAAGUCGUGAUCUCCGACAGGUCCAUAUGCCCGGCGGUGAACUAUACGUGCAUCGUAGACAAGUCGACGUGCGCGGUCCUGCCGUGGGGGUCAUACUGGGACGCCAUCGGCAACUUCAAAGACGCGCCGUUGCACUACUAUUCCUGGUUCUUCACGGGCGGACGCUCCGUCAUCAGCUUGGACAUGGCAACCUUUCCUGACCGCUUUUCAGAGCUAUCCUUCACCAACAUUUCGUUGCCCGUUGACUCGAAGCUACCCCCUUGGCCCACCAACCUUACCAAACUGACAAUGCAGAAUGGGAACCUCAAGUCCAUCAGUGUCCUGUACCCAUUCCCAGCCAAGCUCACGGCGCUGUUUCUGGGAGCAAAUUACUUGUCCUCUGUCGCAGAUUUACGCACGCUUCCCCGCGCCAUCACCAGAUUGUCGCUACAAAACAACGAUUACACGGAACUGUCCAACCUCGAUUGGACCAAACUCACACUAGUGUACUUGAUCAACUGCGACAUGUUGCGGUCGAUCAACAUGGUCAAAUUUAGCACGGCAAUUGUUCAUUUGGACUUGUCGUCGGUGACAUUAACCAAGUGGAUCAUGGACAACAGCACAUUCGUGGCCCUCAACUCGACCCUUCGGCCUAACAACACGGCGGACGACUCGACCAAAGACGACGGCACGCAGAGUUAUACUGGCUACGGGUAUUAUAACACCAAGAUCUCCACCGAUCUAUCCGAGUGCGUUGCCGCCAACGGCGUGCUGCACGAGCUCUGGCCAGACAAAUCCAUGCGCAACUACAAGUACGCGGCCGAAGUGUUUACAGUGUGUGUGGUCAAAGACAUUGCCAUCGCCCCUACACCUAUCACGACACUUCCCCGUGUAGCCCCUCCCCCUACUUCCAAUACAGGCAUCGUCGUCGGCGGGGUCGUUGGCGGCGUCGUGGUGCUCGUGGGUCUCAUCGCGUUGUUUUGCUUCGUCAAACGUCGUGCUCCAACCAACAAUCACAAUUCCCCCCUACCGGAGUCUACUCCCACAGCCAACUACUACCGGCAAUCCCCACACCAUAUCCAGCCCCCAAACCACAAGGCUUCAAUGAACCACCCCUCGCCUAACCCCCACUCGAUCGACAACCCCCAUCCAUCAACAUCGUCUUCUACUCGCCAGUCAUCUGGGUCGACUCAUCCCGUUAACAACUCGCACACGGCCAACUCGUCAACGGCGCCUUCAUUGUUGUCGUCAUCUGAAGAAGCUAACAGUACCAUCAACUUGCACGCGCUGGCGCUGGUUCGAGUGAAUGCGCGGGAUGUUGUGUUGGGUCCAAAGCUCGGAUCGGGCGCGUUUGCGAAUGUGUGGCGGGGUACGUUUCUCGGAGACGAUGUCGCAGUCAAAGUGCUGCACCCGAACCGCGUAACGGUGUCUCAGAUUCAGUCGUUUGUGGGCGAGAUCGAGCUCAUGAGUUGGUUUGCGUCGCCGUAUAUUGUCAAGUUGGUCGGUGCGAGCUGGACACGGCCAUCCGACUUGCAGUGUGUGAUGGAGUUCAUGGACGGUGGUGAUUUGAAGGAGUAUUUGGACACUCACUCGAGCCAAGAGUUUGCCUGGGCUGACAAGUACAGACAUAUGUACCAGAUCGUGGAAGGGUUGGUGUAUUUGCACUCGCUCAACAUAAUCCAUCGAGAUGUCAAGUCGAGAAAUGUGCUAUUGGAUUCCACCAAAGGCACGAAAUUGACCGACUUUGGAAUUUCCAAAGAAGAUAUUCAAGCGACGAUGACGGUGGGAGUGGGAACGUUUCGAUGGAUGGCGCCCGAAGUGCUCCAAGACCAGGGGUAUACCAUCUCGGCCGACAUAUAUUCAUUUGGUACGGUUUCAAUAUAUAUAUAUAUUUGUUGGUUUUAACCCAAGAUUCGGACUUGUGUGAAAUGCUAUAUAUAUUUAUUGAUUUUACAAACCAUUCGGACUUGUGUGUGUGUGUGAAAUGAUUCGCCAAAUCGAUCGAUCGAUUCAUUGUACUGGAUUUUGGAUGUACAGGUUUGUCACACUAAUUAAAGUUUAUACACUAAUUCGAAGUUGAUGAGGACGGUUUCCUCCAACAAUCGGAUUGGCUCAAUUCAUUCUUGCUUCUUCUAUCUGGAUUGUCCAAUACGGUCGACAGAAUGAACUUGUUUUUGUCCUUUUUCUCUAUAAACAAUUUGGACUUUAUACCGAUUCGCCAAAUCGAUCGAUCGGGUUUUAUACUGAAUUUCGUAUGCGAAAACUGUCCGUGAUGCACACUAAUUCAAGUCACAUACUACACGAAGGAGUUCUGCAAUCUGGUUGGCUCUUACCCCCGAUUUUUCUGUCUAUGUGGUAGUGUCGAUUGAUUCGAUUUCUUUUCUCCAUGUCGCUCCAGUUUCGAAAAAUAAGCACAACAAUAUGUGUAUCGGUCGCUAUAGGAAUGAUCUUGUCGGAAUUCGAUACCCACCAUGUGCCGUACGUGGACAUGGUGAACCCGAUCAACGGCCAGCCCCUAGUCGACUCUGCCAUCAUCCUCAAGGUCGUGUCUGGCCAGCUCAAGCCGUCGUUCACGGACGACUGCCCUCGGUGGAUCUACGAUAUGGCGCAGCAGUGCCUCGCCCAUGACCCUGACCAGCGCCCCACCGCCAUGCAACUGUCGUUUAUCAUUGCCAAUCGACUCAAAGACUUGACCAAAUCGAGAUUAUCAUUACCUCCACAAGCGUAGACAACACGGGGAUUCUGUUUGUAGAGAUUCCUAACAGUAAACACUACCGAAAUACCAUGCGUUGAUGUGUGACGA